CCCAAGCCAUGGGGGGGGGGUCACUCCUGAGUCUCCCCCCCUGCCCGUUCUCUGGUCUGGCCGGGGUCUGACCCCCCCCAACUCCAUGGGCUCAUCCGCCUCAGGCCCCAUAAAUCCACCUGCUCUGGCGCGGCCCGCGGGGGCCGGUCUGGGAGGCCAAACCCAGGCGAGUUGCGGCAGCUCGGCUCAGAGAUCCGCCCUGGUCGGUGCCUUGGGACAGCAGGACUCCUGGGCCUCGCUGCUGAGCCGGGGCUGUUCGGUUGCCCGAGCUCGUCCCACCAGGAGGGGAGGGUGUACGUUGGAAAAUGCCCGACCGUGACAACUACAACAAUGGCAGUAGCAGUGACGAGGCGGGUGCCAACUCUGACGACAUCUGCCGCGACUUCCUGCGCAAUGUCUGCAAGCGAGGCAAGCGCUGCCGCUUCCGACACCCCGACAUUAGCGAGGUCACCAACCUGGGCGUGCGCAAGAACGAAUUCAUCUUCUGCCACGACUUCCAGAACAAGGAGUGUGUGCGCCUCAACUGCCGCUUCAUCCACGGCACCAAGGAGGAUGAGGACUAUUACAAGAAGACGGGGGAGCUGCCCCCGCGCCUGCGCCAGAAGGUGGCGGCUGGGCUCGGCCUCUCCCCGGCGGACCUGCCGAACAGCAAGGAGGAGGUGCCAAUAUGCAGGGACUUCCUGAAGGGCGACUGCCAGCGGGGAGCCAAGUGCAAGUUCCAGCACUUGCAGCGGGAGUACGAGUAUGACGCCCGGGUCAUCGCGGCCCGGGACCCCGGCAUCGCCACCACCGUGCGCCGCUACGACCCCUAUGAUGUCAUGUACGACCCUGACCGCUACGACGACCACGACCCGGUGCUGAAGCGGAGGCGGGUGGACGGGCUGCACUUCGAAACCUACGAGUACAGCUUCACCAGCCCGCGCACGGUGGAGUACCGGCUCCUGGAGGAGGAGAACAUCAUGCUGCGCAAGCGCGUGGAGGACCUCAAGAAGCAGGUCAACAACCUCCUGGCGACCAACGAGGUGCUGCUGGAGCAGAACGCCCAGUUCCGAAACCAGGCCAAAGUCAUGACUCUCAGCUCCACCGCCACGGCCACCGAGCAGACCCUGGCCCCAACCGUGGGUACUGUCACCAAUUAUAACCACAGCAUUGCCCAGACUCACACCACGCUCAGCAGCCAGGCCCUCCAGCCACGGCCCGUCACCCAGCAGGAUUUGGUGGCUCCAGCUGGAGCACAGGCAGCGCCCCCCACCAACGCAGCGCCCCCCAUGAACCCUGAAAUCACCCCACUCUCGGCUGCUCUGGCUCAGACCAUCGCACAGGGCAUGGCUCCUCCGGUCUCCAUGGCGCCCGUGGCAGUGUCGGUGGCGCCCGUGGCAGUUUCAAUGGCACAGCCGCUGGGAGGUAUCACCAUGAGCCAUGCCACCACGCCCAUGGUGACGUACCCCAUCGCGUCGCAGAGCAUGAGGAUAACAGCCAUCCCACACUAACCACCCCCAAAGGGCCCCACAUACCGCCAUGGGUCCAUGCUGUUUGGAACCACCCCUGGUAGGCGGAAGGGCUCUGUCACUGGCAGGACCUGCUCCUUCCUUUGGGGAGACUGGAACUGAGAAGGGAGAGAAUUGAACUGAAACUCUUGGAAACCUCUCUCCCCUUUCAGGGGAUGGGCUUUCCA